UAAGGAUAAAUUAGUAUAUAAAGAAACCCGUAAGUAUUUUUUCAUAUUAAAAGUUAUGUAUAAUUGUAAACUCAUUUAGAAAAGUUUUAGUUUAUUGAAGUGAUUUCAAAAAAGUUUCCAGUCAAAAUGGUCAACUCAAUUCUUAAAUUUGUUGCGAUGAUGGUUUUCUGUCAAUUAGCUGUAUCAGCUUUACGUGAAGAAGAUUUCAGAAAAAGUUUGGAUGGCAAUUACCCUGAGAAGUUUUUGUACCAACUGUUAAAUAACCAGAUAAAACACCGUGCUGGUUAUCUGACCGAAAUCUCAGGACAAACCAGUUUCAGUGAAGAUGAUUAUUCUUUCAUUAACACAACGAUUGGAACAAUAGAAUCAUUGAUCGAAUCAUUGGAUAGUAAAUCGGAAACCGUUCAAUCAGUUAAGGAAUAUGCUACAAGUUUGAUCGAUGCUGUUGGUCUCGACAUUGAACGCAUCUCAAAAGACCACCCGUUCGACAUUUCUGAUAUCUAUCGAAGAAAAGUAUUUAAAUUUUCAUUGGAAAAUUUGAAUUCACUCCGCAGUGAAAUUGAAAGUCUCGAACAAUUGUCUGAGAACUUAACAAUUGCAACCUUGGAGGAGUUACUUCGACGAUUCGAUUUGAUCCUUCGUCUCGUUGUUGAUGGUCCUUUAUUACCUUAAAUAUUCAUUAAUCCCAAUUUUAUGGAAAAUUAAUAAAAGAUGAGCAUGCUUA